CGGGCUCGGGGCUGCUGUGAGCCGCGCCGCCUGCGGGGAUCGACCUAGCUGUUCCGCGGAGCCGCGGGCAGGAAACAACCAGGAGGCGGCGGCGGCUCUUCCUCCCAGAGGGCGAUGUGGCCGGCAGGUGCGGGCACCAGACUGCCCUGUCCCCGGGACUCUGCGCUCCGGCGGGCGGCUUUCUCUGGGAACCUCACCGCCCUGCCUUCUCACCUCGUGCCCGCCGGCCGAAGCGUCCGGGUCUUCAUCAGCGCCAACCCCGAAGACACGGGAGCAGAAAGACAGGCACUAAGAGAAAAUGUGUAUCCUAAAUUGAGAGAAUUCUGCAGAGAAAACUAUGGAUUAGAAUUUCAGGUCAUAGAUCUCUACUGGGGCAUCGAGGCAGACGAAUGGGACAGCCCAGAGCUCCAGAAGACUCGCAUGAAGCUGCUGGAGGAUUGUUUGAAAACUUCUGCAGGUCCAUGUUUUGUUGGACUGUUAGGUGAAAAGUAUGGGAACAUUCGAAUACCUGGAGAAGUUGAAGCCUCAGAGUUUGAAAUGAUUUUGGAUGCUGCCAUAGAGGCAAAGCUGGACACCAAGCUUCUGGAAGAGUGGUACUGUCGUGAUGAGAACUCAGUGCCGGCAGCUUAUUACCUCAGACCUAAAUCGGAAAUGCUGAAAAGCAAUAAAAAUGCAAUGCAACCUCCUGCCAAAGCUGACAAUGAGAAGACCUGGCAAGAGAUAUCAGAUGAGAUCAAGAAGAUAUUUAAGGCUGCCGUAAAACUGUUGAACGAAAAGGGGAAAAUGAAAUAUAACCAAGCUAAGAGGUACCUGUUCUCAGCGAUAGAGGAUGAGUUUGACUUUGCUCUAGGAAAGCAAACUCCAGCCUUCCUGAAGAAGUGUGUUUGCUACAUUCGGAAAAUCGCUAACAUUGAGCGUUUUGUGAAAAUCCCGGAGAUGGGAAAGUACAUGGAUAUCACUGGAACAGAACCAAGGAUGAUGCGGGACGCAGAAGCCCAAGAGAAACUGAUAAAACUCAGGGACGAAUUUAUCCCGACUAUCGUCGCAUCAUCUAAUCUCAGAGUGUACACGUCUGUUACUCAUUGUGACAUGAAACUGGGCUAUUCCCAAGAAAUAGAAAAUCAUUACAUAGAAGGACUUGGGAAACAGUUUUAUGAGGACAUGAUCGAUAUCAUUCAGGCAACCGUCCAACAGAAUUUUGACACCGAAACUGACACGCUCUACGAUGAAAUCCUUCAACAUUCCUCAUUGUGUAAGACGUACGCCUCCUUCUAUGAGUACAAAUGUGAACCUCUCAACAUCGUGCAUAAGUACGUUCUGCCAAGCAAAACUGGGCACAUCAACCCUCUGGUCAUAUACGGUGGACCAUGCACUGGGAAGACACUCCUGCUAGCCGAAGUAGCGAAGAAGGCCUAUGGCUGGCUACAUGAAGACACAGGACCAGAAUCCGACCCAGUAGUCGUCAUGAGAUUUCUAGGUACCACAGACAUGAGUACUGACCUUAAGACUCUCCUUCUAAGUGUUUGUGAACAAUUAGCAGCCAACUACCGGUGUCUGGUUCAAAGCUACCCUAAGAAGAUCCAUGACCUCCGUGACUUGUUUAUAAAUCUUUUGAAUGAGUCUUCAUUGCAGAGACCUCUAGUAAUAAUAUUUGAUGCCCUAGAGCAGCUCUCAGAGAGUGACGAGGCCAGGAAGCUUUGGUGGCUCCCAGCUCACCUUCCCCGCUUCGUACGAAUAGUCCUGUCCACACUGCCUAACAGACAUGGGAUCCUGCAGAAACUGAGGUGCCUUAUCCAUGAGGAAGCCAACUACAUCGAGCUGAUUCCCCGGGACAGGAAGAUGUGCAGCCAGGUCCUCAAACACCAGCUGCUGCGGGUCAAAAGGAAGGUCACAUCAGGCCAACAGAUUUACGUGAACAACGCAUUCUCCAAGUGCACGCUGCCCAUGUUUGUGAACCUGACCUUCAGGGAGGUGAGACACUGGAGAUCACAUAAAGACGUCGAUGAAUCCUCCCUCUGUGUCACGGUUCACGAAAGUAUAGAGCAGCUCUUCUGGUCCUUGGAGAAGAAGUGUGGUCAGAAACUGGUCUCCAGGGCUCUUGGUUACAUCACCAUGGCCAAAAUGGGUUUGAGUGAAAUGGAACUGGAGGAUGUGUUGGCCCUAGACAACAGUGUGAUGAAUGAGCUCAAUGAGAACUCCAAGCCCAGCAAUCCCCUGAGAGUACCUUAUCUGUACAUUGCAAGGCUCAAGGACGGUCUCAGUGGAUACUUAAUAGAAAGACAUGUGAAGAAUGUCACACUCCUGGUCUGGGCCAAUAGACACCUGCAGCUCAUAGCCCAGAAGUUGUAUCUGCAGGAUGACGGUGACCUGCGUGAAAUGCACUCCAUCCUGGCAGAUUACUUUCUGGGAGUCUGGUCAGGGGGCAGGAGGAAAGCUUUCUGCCUUGAGGACCCCUACUUGAAUGGCUGCCUUGACUUGGAGAGCAGAAGCUUGCUUGAGGAAGAGAAACACUUCAUGGAACAGGCUUCCUUUGAUAGGCAGGCUCCAGACCAGCCCUGGGUUUUCCAGUGUAAUCCACUGGAGCCUGACAUCUUCUUCGUCAAUCAUCGGAAAAUGUCUGAGCUCUUGCACCACCUGACAAGGUGUGGAAAAACCGAUGACCUGCUUUACGGGAUCAUCAUGAACUUCAGCUGGCUUUACACCAUGAUCAAAAUUGGCCAAUUUGACAAAGUGCUUACAGAUAUCGAGCUGGCUUACAACUACUCGCAAGAGAAGGAGCUGAAGUUCUUGGCUAGCACUCUUCGCGGCAUCAAAACCAAGGUCACUGCGUUUCCAGGCUCGCUUUCUGCAGAGCUUCAACAAAGGCUGCUGCCUGUUGUAAGUUCCCUGCCCAAACUCAGACAUCUCCUUUUAGAAUGUGACAAAGAUGGGCCCAAAUAUUGCUCCAUUGUGCCAUUACACUCAUCCAUGGAUGUGACAUAUAGCCCGGAACGUCUCCCCUUGUCCUCUAGUCACCUGCAUGUCACCGAGAUUCUGCCUACCUGUAACCCCAGUACUGUCCUCACAGCUCUAGAGAAUGGCUCCAUUAGCACCUGGGAUGUGGAAACCCGUCAACUCCUCCGUCAGAUCACCACAGCCCAGUCUGUCAUCCUGGGCAUGAAACUCACCAGUGAUGAAAAGUAUCUUGUGGUGGCCACAACAAAUAACACCUUGCUGAUUUAUGACAAUGUAAAUUCGUGUCUUCUGUCUGAAGUGGAAAUCAAAGGCACCAAGCACGGAAGUGGCUCCACCUACAUCAAUGGGUUUACCUUGUCUGUCAACCACGCCCUGGCUUGGCUUGAAGCCAGCAAAGAUGUCACCGUCAUCGAUCUGCUCUACGGGUGGCCCCUUUACCAGUUCCACUGCUGGUACGAAGUGACCUGUGUCCAGUGCUCUCUGGAUGGCAUGUAUGCUUUCUGUGGACAGUACCUGAACACCACCACCAUAUUUCAUUUAGGGAGCGGAGAAAAGUUAUGCACGGUGACUUCUGAAUUUUCCGGGGGGUUUGUGAAGUUCCUUCUCAUCUUGGACACGGCUCAAGAGAUGGUAAUGGUAGACAGCGAGGGAAGCCUUUCGGUUUGGAAUACUGAGGACAUUUCCAAUCCCCAGCUGACUGAUGACUUCGACUGCCGAAGAGAAGACAGCGAGGUGGUCAGCGUGGAACUCUCGGAGGACCAAAAUGCGAUUCUGAUCUGUAAAGCUCUCGGCAUCGAACUCUUAGAUACCGGCAUGUGGAAGGUGGCCGAGAAGUUCAGAGCUAAGCACAACGAACGCUUUAUCUCUGCCGUGCUGUCCAAAAACGGGGACUGCAUCAUCGCGACCAUGGAAAAUACCUCAGCUGUGUUUUUUUGGAGGCGGGACACCGGGCAAUGCAUGGCGAGCUUACAGGAAAUCUCAGGUACCAUAGUCAAGCUGGUGAAAUCCAGUCACCACAAUAUGCUGCUCUCUUUGUCAACCAGUGGUGUUCUUUCCAUCUGGGAUAUAGACAUCAUCACCGCCAUGUCCAACAUAGAUAAGACUGGGAAACCCAUCCAAAGCCUGGUGUUACCCGCCAGAGGGGAAAUCAUUUAUUCCCUCGAUGGCUCGGAUUGUGUCCACAAGUGGAACUUCAGCAGCGGCUUCCUUGAGGCAGUGUUCAAGCAUGAAGGGAUAGUCGAGCACUGCGUGCUGACGUCCUCUGGAGACGUCAUGGUGACAUCAGAUGACAAAAGCAGUCAGUACGUCUGGCACACCAGCAGCGGCGAGAACCUCUUCCGAAUUAACGGGCAGAGAAUAUCUCAGCUGCUGAUCACCCACAAUGACCAGUUUGUGGUCUCUCUCUGUGAGGAAAAUGCCUCCAGGGUCUGGAGACUGGCCACAGGCCACAGGGUCUGUAACAUUCUGACCACUUUGCAGAAUGCCUUUAUAACCUCAGCAAAUACCUUUGUGGUGGGCAUGACCCAGAGCAAAGUGCUGGCCGUCAGUCUCUGGACAGGCAGCAUCACCAAGAAAUUCUGCUGCGAAGACGGCACCACCAUCGUGAAUUUUAAGCUGAUCCCCGACUGCCCUGACAUCAUCGUGUUUAUCACGUCAGCCGAGACAGUGAAUAUUUGGAGUCUGACAGAUGAAGUUAUCUGUCGCCGUGUGCAGCUUCCGAACAACUUCUUGAAAAAUCUGGAGGAUUUCGAGAUCUCUCCCAACGGCAAGCUAGGCAUUAUAUCCAGGGGAGACGAGAAUAUCAAUGUGCUGGACUUACACAGCGGUAAACUACGGGUGGUCCACGCCUCUGGGGUCAUCUGGAGGCAGAGGCUGUCUCGAGAUGGUCGCUACCUGGUGUACAUUUGUUUCCGAAACGGGGAGGAAGAGGACGAAAACGGUGCGAUAUCCAGUCUGAUUGUAAUGAGACUGGCCGAUGGCAAAAAUAUCGGUGCUUGUUCCCUUUACAAAACACCAACUUUUCUUGCCCUCUCACAGAGGCACCUCAACAUCAUAGUGGGUUUUGACGACGGGAGCAUAGGGAUAUACACAGUGGUGGACCGCGUAGACGCUGCACUGAAAAUUAAAAUCGCCACUUCAAACAGCAGACAGAUUUUCAACAACGCGACACAGGCGUCCAGGCCAAAGUGCAGUAGUUACUGUUUCAAGGUGUCUGUGGACUGCUUAUGGAGAGAGUCUACUGAGGUCUUUGCGAGAGACAGUCCCAUCACGGUGAGCGACUCCUCUGAGCCCAAUGAGGCGACGCCGUCCAAGAAACACAACCCUUGCUAUGACCGGGUGGGCUCAGCCCUGGAGCCCAGGGGCCACAGCUACACCCCUGACAACUGACAAAACGUUCUUCUCUCUCAGCAGACAUGCACAAUACACACACAGAAGGAAGAAAAAAAUAAGUAUCUUCUGUCUCCCAAAUGAUAAACUACUCCUUUCUUUAAAGACAGGAAAGAUGCUGGCGUUCCAGCAUUCACAUGCUCGCCAAAAAGACAAACACGAAAUCAGUUUUGAGUUGGCUCUUUUUGUCAACAUUAAUCCAGGAAUGACACCUUGACAGAGAACUUCUAAAAGUGGUGUUUGACUGGAUAUUUUUUACAUUUGCUGGGUGGGAAACAGCAACGUAACUCAUUCCAUGGGCUUCGAUGACAGAGGCUAGAACUGUAUACAGACCCCUCGGACAGGAAUGAGUGCUACAGAAAUCGUCUGGAAUUGCAAACAUGAAAGAGCCGUUUGACCUCCAAUGAUUGUGUGGCCAUAAGUAAACACAGCCUUAAUCUCUCCUUACAUUUUACAAUCCUGACAACUGUGUAAACCCAGUCUGCAGAUGGGAGGUCAAAGGUGCAAAAUCACGUAACAAAAAUGCUCCCUUGCAUCCCUAGUUUCCCAGGAGAAAGGACGUGAAAUGUGAGGCCAUGCACUGGACUGGGCACAAGUACUAAGUACCACUCUCACAGGGCUACUGAGCACGCCGUCAGUCUUCAUUAAGAUACAGUUGAGACAGUCGCAUGCCAUGGUUUCUGUAUAAUGGAACAUACAAUUUUUAAACUACUUCCUGGACUGCGAAAGAAACACGUUUAAUGAGAAACCACAAUCUUUUCAUGCCUUUCUGAAAUGCCUAUUUGUGCUGGGCGUUUAAGUGGAAUUAUAGAAAGGGCAUUAUAAAUGUGGUCAAGACAUCUGUUCAUUUCCAUCACUGUACUAACAAAAGUCUGGGGUAUUCAGUCAGUCGUAUGGAAGCACACAUUAUUUCCUCAAUCCCUGCAGUAAAUCUUAACAGAAAGAAAGCUUUCGUGACACGCCAUCUAUGAAAUACUGAAGACAUUUGCCUUACUCUCAUUCCUCCUAUCUCCUGUGUAAAAUGCAGACAUACGACCAAAUAUUCGGGGACAAGCUGAACAUGCCUGUCUUUGUGCUAAACUAUUCCCCAAAUCUUAAGGGUGUCCAAAGGUUCCUUCUUGUCCCUGUUUGUAAUCACUUUCUUACUUCCCCACUCUAUAUGUAGGCUUCUUCCUCUGUCACCCUUUCUGCUGGAGGGCUCCGCGGGGCCUUUAUAGUCUUAAAUACUUUUUAAACACUACUUCACCUACUUAAAAGAAAAUACCACAUCUCAGAAGGGGGAAAGUGAUUUUCUUCCUUCCAUAGCCUCCACAUGGCCUGUCCUUGGAUGAGUUUUAGAAGGGUAUCAGCAGUGCUCAGUUGCUUUGAAAGUGACGGGAAAGUGACUUGCGGCGGCAGAAUGAGGACCAAGGAACUGAUGUGCUCUCAGCCCAUCUCCGCCAUGAACUCACCACGCGUCCGCAGGCAGAUCUUCAGCGGCGAGAUAAAGGGAGUGAUAGCUUUUGCUCCAGCCCUAAUAGGGAUGUUGGGGAGGAAUGUGAGAAAAAAGACAGCGACAUCUUGAUUGUUUUUGCAAAUGGAGAAGCAAAGUGAGCAGAUCCAAAAGGAAUGCAAGCUCAUUGCAUUUCACUUCGGAAAGCAAGUUGACGUGUAAGCACACAGAGACGGGAUUCAGACAUAAACACCCCACUCCGUGGUUGAAGACUUUUUUUCAGGAUCUUCCUCCUGGUCCAGCUACCAGCCAGAAAGGGGGGUAGCCCGGCGAAGUCCCAGCCCAUGUAGAGAUCACCUGGAGUUGUAUGAGUCAGUGCUCUUUUUUUUUUUUCUUUAGUUCUUCUGAGGCAACACAUUCCUAUUCCUGUCCUUAUCAGUUGGACCUCCAUGCCACACAUUUCUAAGAAUUAAAUGCCUAGAUGGAUUAAAUGUAGUGUGUGAAUAUUCUAUGUAACAGCCAAUAGAGUUUAACAAGUGACUUGAAUGAUUUUUCCUAACUUGUUUGCAACUGAUAGCUCAUAUUGAAUGUUUUUAUGUAAACUUUGUAUUGUUGGGAAGAAUUACCCAAUCAGAGAUUUAUAUUUUCAUAAAUGUUACAUUUAGUUAAAUUUUGUUACAGAGUUGUUACACUAGAAAAUUAUUGCCGUCUUCAAACAAUGAACAGUCUUGUGUAUGUAUUGUUUGUAUGAAUAAAAGGUAAACUAAGA